AUGCUUGCCGGGCAGAGGCACUCGGGCGACUGGUUGGGCAUCAUCGGCAGGGGCAGUGUUCGUGGAGCCACCUGGUGGCAGGUAUCUCAGCUCUGCGUAAGGCCCCCUGAGAUCGGGGUCCAAGUGGGCCCCGUUGGUUCGCCUGCGCCCGUGUCGAUCCAGGGAAUCGGGAUGUUGGAUUCAGCUAUAGCCGCCACUCUCCGGCUGAGAUCGUGGCCCCCUGCGACCCGACAGCUGCUGCGAAGAUACGAUGCGGUCCUCUAUUUUCACACUUUUCUCGACCGAAGAUACGGAGGAAAAAAAAGGAACAACAUAUAUCUAUACAACAACGGCGACGACGACGAGGAUGACAAAAACGCGAAGGCCAGCUUCAUCUAG